CAUCAUAUUCAUUACUAACUUUCUCUUGAUUUUACAUCUUUCUUCUUCACUUCUCUGAACACUUAUCAGCAAAAUUCUUCAGAUCAAUAAAUAAGAACAAAAAAUGGUACACUCAAAGAAGUUCAGAGGUGUCAGGCAACGCCAUUGGGGUUCUUGGGUUUCUGAAAUUCGUCACCCCUUGUUGAAAAGAAGGGUAUGGCUUGGCACAUUUGAUACAGCAGAAGAAGCAGCAAGAGUAUAUGAUCAAGCAGCAAUAUUAAUGAGUGGCCGCAAUGCAAAAACCAACUUCCCAAUUACACAAGAUUCAGAUAAUAAAGAAUUAAAGGCUAAAGAUCAAGAAUUUUCAUCAAUUCCCUCUCCAAAAGCCUUAUCUGAAAUACUCCAUGCCAAGCUUCGCAAAUGUACCAAGGUGCCAUCACCAUCUCUCACUUGUUUGAGGUUGGAUAUUGAGAGUUCACACAUAGGAGUGUGGCAAAAACGUGCUGGCCCUUCAUCUGAUUCGAAAUGGGUAAUGACAGUUGAACUUCAGAAAAAGAAUAAUGUCAAUGCUACUAUUGAAGGAGAAUUAAAUUCUUCUUCUACUUCUAGUUCCAAGAAUUGUGGAGAAAUAGUUGAAGGUAUAAGUAUUAGAAGUGAAAUGGAUGAAGAAGAAAGAGUUGCAUUGCAAAUGAUAGAAGAAUUGCUUCAUAUAAAUAGUCCUUGCCCUACAUUUGAUAUUUAAGAAGGGGAGAAAAUGAUAAUUUUACAUUAAUUAAGGUUUAUUUAUCAUGUCAUACGUGAGGGGAGCUUGGAGAGCAGCACUGAAGUCGUCUCUGUGUGACCUAUAGUUUACGAAUUUGAACAUUGAAAUCAACCUGAAUACGGGAUAUUUCAUGCAUCGGGUUUCUUUUUAUGUGAUGUUAUAUAUAUUAUUAGUUUCUAAGGGUUUGGACAAGAAGUGCCCUACAUUCGAAGUUGUCUCCAUCUGACCUAGUUAUGAACUCGAUCGAACCCUGGAAUCAGCCGUGAACAUAGAAUUUUUGUGCGUUGCGUUGUCUUUUAUGUGAUGUUAUUAUAUUAGUUUCUAAGGGUUUGGGCAAGAAGUGCCCAUGUAAGUAGUAAUAAUAAACGAAAAAGAAACAAGUGAAGAAAGUUGUAUCUCCUUGUGUACGUAGACUAAUUAAAUCAACAUGGUUUUUCUGAAAGAAGAAGUUGAUAAAUAAAAUUUACUGAAUUGAUUGUA